AUGAAGUUGUACACGCAGGUGAAAUUAACCCCUGCGCGACCAGCUUAUGAGUAUCCUUGUCGAAAAUGCGACCGUGAUUUCGAAACAAUCCGUGAACUUUGUGAGCACGAAAUCCGGGCGCAUGGUGCCUGUUUCCCGUGUCCUCAUUGCGAGAAACAGGCGUCCAGUGUCCAGAAACUUUGCGAGCACAUGAAACGGCGCCAUCCGGAUUACCGCUUGCUCUGCGAUUUCUGCAAGGAUGAUUUCGGUGGGAAAAUUAACAGCGCAAAAGAUUCAAAUUGGGAAGAGUUUCGCGAUCACAUCUACAAGGAAUGUCUGAAAGAGAAAAUCUACCUCGCCGAUCGUCAGACCGGCCGGGCAGCUGGAUACGCGCAACGUGGUCGUGGCCGUUGCCCUCAUGGACCUCCAGUAAAGUGCAAAGACGUUAUUAAUGAAUUCUUCGGCAGACGGAGUUUCACAUACACUAUUUUGUGA